AUCCACAAGGCUCACAAUCCCCAGAGGCAAGAGAAGACUGUAGGAAAGUUAUUCAUAUUGCAAAUCACAGUCUCUGAAGGAUCUGUAGGGCUCUGGGAAGACAGAACUCCUUCUUUCUACCUCCCUAACACUACUUGAGGGUGAUUAAGGCUGCAGACACACUCUGGAUGGAUUUCAUUGCUGGAGCCAUUGGAGGUGGCCUAAGCACAGCUGUGGGUUAUCCACUGGACACAGUGAAGGUGAGAAUUCAGACUGAGAAGCAUUACAGAGGGUUUUGGCACUGUGUUCAAGAAACAUACAGGACAGAAAAAAUUUGGGGAUUUUACAAAGGUGUGUCUGCAUCAGUCCUUGCCGUAUCAGCAGUUUCUUCUGUUUCCUUUGGCACAUACAAGAACUUCCUCUGUACAAUCUGCAAACUGCGAUAUGGGGCUGCAGAUGCAAAGCCUUCCAAGCUGGAUGUUUCCCUUGCCGGAGCUGUUGCUGGUGCCGUCCGGGUUGUGUUGACAAAUCCUAGUGAAGUGGCUAAAGUUCGGAUGCAGACUCAGAGAAACCCACAUCCUUCUGUCACAUCUCAGACUGUCUCCAAACCCAAGUACCAAGGGUCUCUGCACUGUCUGAAGGUGAUCACCAAGGAGGAAGGUUUUGGGGGUCUCUACAAGGGCUGCUCUGCAUUACUCUGCAGGGAUUGCUCUGCUUCUGCAGUAUAUUUCCUUUCCUAUUCUGCUCUGUGUGACUGGCUCACACCAGCUGGGAAAAAUAAACCAGGUUUCCUUGUUGUGCUGCUUUCUGGUGGUUUUGCUGGAGUCCUGGCCUGGGGAUUAGCUACUCCCAUGGAUGUCAUCAAAUCACGGAUGCAAAUAGAUGAAUCGGACCAGCACAAGUACAAAGGCCUGAUUCACUGUGUUAGGGAAAGUGUGAAAAAGGAGGGUGCAAAAGUGCUUUUCAAAGGACUGGGUUUAAACUGCAUUCGUGCCUUUCCUGUGAACAUGGUAGUGUUUGUAACGUAUGAAGCUGUACUGAGAUUUACAGAUCAUUAUAUAAGCAAAAAAUAGCUCAUUCUAC